AUGGCAUUCAGGAGAAAGGCAGGUGCGUGGCUGGCGGGGCCCUGCCUGUCCCUGAGAGGGCCACGGACACUGGGCACCAGAGCCGCUCUGGCCCCCAAGGCAGUGCUGCCCUUCGAAGCCAUACCCCAGAGUCGCUCCAACACCUGGAUGAAGACACUGCAGAUCUGGAAGGACCAGGGCUAUGAGAACCUCCACCUGGACAUGCAGCAGAACUUCCAGGAGCUGGGGCCAAUUUUCAGGUAUGACAUAGGAGGGACACCAAGGGUGUCUGUGAUGCUGCCAGAGGACGUGGAGAGGCUGCAGCAGGUGGAGACUCUGCACCCACGCCGGAUGUGCCUGGAUCCCUGGCUGGCCUACAGGCAUCACCGUGGGCACAAAUGUGGCGUGUUCUUGCUAAAUGGGCCUGAAUGGCGUUUCAACCGGCUACGGCUGAACCCAGGAGUGCUGUCACCAAAAGCUGUGGAGAAGUACCUCCCCAUGGUGGAUACAGUAGCAAGGGAUUUCACCCAGACCCUGAAGAAGAAGGUGCUACGGAAUGCCCGAGGGGCCCUGACCCUGGACAUCCAGCCCAGCAUCUUCCACUAUGCCAUAGAAGCCAGCAACCUAGCACUUUUUGGAGAGCGGCUGGGUCUCUUUGGCCAUAACCCCAGCCAAGCCAGCCUGAACUUAAUACACGCUCUGGACACUAUGUUCAAAUCCACUGCCCAGCUCAUGUUCACACCCAGAAGCCUGUCCCGCUGGACCAGCACCAGGACAUGGGAGGAGCACUUUGAGGCAUGGGACUGCAUCUUCCAGUAUGCCAACAACAGCAUCCAGAAAAUCUAUCAGGAACUGGCACUCAACCACCCUACACACUACAGUGGCAUUGUGGCAGAGCUGCUAUUGCAGGCAGAGUUGUCACCAGAUGCCAUCAAGGCCAAUGCUAUUGAACUCACAGCAGGGAGUGUGGACACGACAGCCUUCCCCGUGCUGAUGACACUGUUUGAGCUGGCCAGAAAUCCCGAGGUGCAGCGGGCCCUGCGCCAGGAGAGCCUAGAAGCUGCCGCUAGCAUCACUGACAAUCCCCAGAGGGCAAUGGUGGAGCUGCCCCUGCUGAGGGCAGCCCUCAAGGAGACCCUGAGGUAGG